AUGGCUCUGCUGUGUGUCACCGCCAUUCCUGAGGCCUUACAGGAGGCACCCGACCUCCUUUUGAGCUGCCAUGAAGUGGACUAUAUCGUGGAAUAUGACUAUGAUGCAGUGCAUGAUGAUGAGUUAACGAUCCGAGCUGGGGAAAUCAUCAGGAAUGUGAAAAAACUGGAAGAAGAAGGAUGGUUAGAAGGGGAGUUAAAUGGCAAAAGGGGCAUGUUCCCUGACAAUUUUGUGAAGGAAGUUAAGAAGGAUGUAGAGCCCAAGGAUGAUGCUGUACCACUCAGGAGGGAGAAAUCUGGCAAUGUAGCCAGUCUUGUGCAGCGGAUGAGCAGCUAUGGGCUUCCAGCAGGAGGAUUUCAGCCUCAUCCCCCAUCCAAAGGAUUCAAGAAGAGGUCCAAGAAGCGUCAGUGCAAAGUGCUCUUCGAGUACAUCCCGCAGAACGAAGAUGAGCUGGAGCUCAAGGUGGGGGAUGUGAUCGACAUCAACGACGAGGUAGAAGAAGGCUGGUGGAGUGGAACACUGAAUGGCAGGGCAGGGUUGUUCCCUUCAAACUUUGUGAAAGAAUUGGAGUCGACGGAUGAUGGAGAAACACAGGACGCUGUGGAUGACACAGAGCCUGUUUUCAAUAGUCCUACCUCACCUGUGACCGCUCCAGGAAAUGGGGGCGAACCUGCGUCUGGACCAGCACAGCCAAAGAAAAUCCGAGGUGUUGGGUUUGGGGAUAUCUUUAAAGAAGGCUCAGUGAAACUUAAGACGAGAUUAUCCAGUAAUGAAUCAGAUGAUAAAAAGCAAGAUAAGCCAUUACCUACCCAUUCUCCUGGAUCAAAGCUAAUUCAUUUUCCUAGUAUAACAAAAACUGAAAACUCACCAGAAGUAAUAAAAUCAGAAGGUGAAAGUAAACCAAAAGCCAAGGAAUAUUACAGGGCAGUAUUUUCCUAUGAAGGCUCAAAUGAUGAACUCAGCUUUAAAGAAGGUGAUAUCAUUCAAAUAAUCAGUAAGGACACUGGAGAGCCAGGCUGGUGGAAAGGAGAGCUCAAUGGUAAAGAAGGACUCUUCCCAGAUAACUUUGCUGUUCAAAUACAAGAGUCUGAUAAAGACUUCCCUAAGCCAAAGAAACCUCCACCUCCAGUUAAAGGUCCAGCUCUGAGGCCUGAAUUGCCAACUGGAGAGAAGAAAUUCCCGUCUUUGAAGUCUGAAGAAAAAGAUGAAAAAGGAGCUUUGGAUCAGAAGCCUUUGAAACCACAAGCUCCUCAAGUACCACCCAAGAAGCCUAUUCCUCCAAGCAAGACCAACAGCUUACUGAGAGCAGGACUCCUGCACCCAAAGCGUCUGGAUAAACCUGGUUUGCCAUCACCUGCACCCAAAACUAAUGGAGAAGUUGUUUCUCUUCGACCGAAAUCUGAAGUUGAGCCAGUAGCAAAACCAAAGUUAGACUCUGAACCGUUACCGCAUAGACCAAAAUCAGUAGAGGUAGAUUCACUUGUGGUAAAGAGCUCUAAAGAAUCAGAUCCAUUAAGCUUUGAUGAUGUAAUAGCUACCUCAGAUAAUCUGUCACACCCGACUGCGAACCGGCCCAAGAUGCCUGGUAGGAGGCUGCCCUCACGUUUCAAUAGCAGUCCUGGAAGUCAGAAUGUGCUUCCAGAAAAAAAUUUGAAGGUGCAGAAAGAAGAGGAAAGUGCCAAACCAAAGCCAGUUGAAACAAAAAAGCCAUCUGCAUUCAGCCCAAUUACAUCUUCAUCUCAGAGACCAAGUUCUGUCAUACUCGACUUUUUACCUGGAGACAUCCAUCUUAAAGGAGAAACUGAUGAUGAAAAAAUUUCUGUGGAAGAGCUCAGGACUCAGAUUAAUGAUUUGAUGGGUUUAGUAGAAGCACUGAAGAAAGAACAUGGGAGAGAACUGGAAAAACUAAAGAAGGACUUGGAAGAAGAGAAGCUGUUGCGAAGUAAUCUGGAGCUUGAAAUAGAAAAAUUGAAGAAAGCAGUGAUGUCUACAUGAGAGCUAUGGACUCAAUGUUUUUAACUCACCAGGAAUUCAAAGUUGAACAGAAGGAGAACUGACUCUUAUUUCAUAAUAAUGGAUGCUGUUGUUCUACAGUCUUAAAAAAUAUAGUAAAAAAAAGGAAUAUAGUCUUAUAUUCAGAGAGAUAAGAAAACAAAAAAGAAUAAUGGUGUAAUUUUUUUUGCCAAUAUAAAAGAGGCCUUAUUUCUUACUGUGCUGGAAUUGCAGACCUUAUUUUUUUGGUUUGCUAGAAAAUACUACUGAAUCUGUAUAGAAAGGAGAGGGAAUUCUUAAUAGAUUUUUAUGGAAUACCUGUAGCUUAAUUUUUAAAGAGAUCUAUACUAUAAAUAGGGUGAUCUAUCUUUACAACUAAUCUGUAAAAUAGUGUAUUGGGAGGGGUGGAAUAACCGUAUUGUAAUUGUAGUCACUACUUUUCCCCUACACGCAAAAGGGAAUAUAUGAUAUUUGUAUAAUUUUGGCAGUCUCACCCAGGGUUAUGCUGUUGUGCCUGUCUGCAGUGAGAAUAUUAAUACUGUGCUGUUUAUGAGUAAUGAGAUAGGAAUUUGUUAGUGCAAUGAAGCAGGUGAAACUCCUAUGCAUUGUAGUGAGAACGGAUGAUCUAAUCCGAGUAGUUCAGCAGAACGGUUUGUCACUUGCACUAUUGGAUUAAAAAGGGAUUUAGGACUGAAUCAUGAAAUGAUGAAAAAAAAAAGUCAGUUUGUAAAACCACAAAAUGCAGGAAAUACAGAAACAAGGCUCGAGUCCAGUCUUAACCUGUUGUGCCUAAAAUACUCCAGUAUACAGCAUGGAAAAGUCACAACGUCUGUGUACCUGUGUAUCUAAACUGAAGUCUUUGUAAUGGUUCAAUAUGCAUCUCGAUCUGUUUUUACAAUAGUCAGGUUUUGUUUAUAACAUGUCUCCAAAUAAAUCCCUUUGGAACUUUGAUACUCUCAAAAGGUCUCAAUAUUUAUAUAUUUAUGCCAUGACCUUUCUCAGUGUACUGUGUACCUCUAACUUUAAUAACACCUUUGUAUUUUAAUGAGUGAUUGGAACAAUUGCUUUGACAUCAUUGUGCUGGUGUCCAAGACAGUGUCUUUAGCAGCUGAGAUCUUGUGGAUUACCAUUAUCUUUAACCCCUGAGCUCAGCACUUGCAGCAGAAUAAUAUACAAGUAAUAUGCAAAGUGAUGGGAGACAAUGGUAUUUAUUGCUGUGUUUGUUUGAUUAAAGAAUUAAAACCCAUACAUAAAGCUUUAGGAAGCCAGUCAAAACACAUUAAUUCUGUUAGUAAUCAGCUCAUCUCCAUUUGAUCUGCUGUAAUUUAAAUGACAAAAAAAUGUCACAUAGUUUGGCAACUUCACGAAUAAAAGAAGUAAUUAAACUUCUAUUGAUGGGAGUAGUCAUAAAUAUAGUAAUUAUUUAGUAUGUCACUUGCUCAAGUGACAUGGAAGUGUUACUUCUUGAGAGUGUACUUUUUCCACAGUUGAUGCAUCAUAAAAUAUUAAAUGUCAAAAAGUCAGCUGGAGUAUGUUCGUCAAUUGCUGAUUCAAAUAGUUAAUGAAAUUUGAUUAAUACACUAUGCAGGUAUUGAGUAAUAUUUGCUAGUCAAAUUGCUCAUAAGCUGAUUCAAUAUUAAUGCUUUUAACUUCCAAUUGCCUAAAUGCACCACAAAUGAAGGGUUGAGCCAAGUGUUUAUACUGAGGAAUCAUGUGCAGCAGUAAUGCUUCUCGUCAGACACUAUACCCGUGCUUGGAAUUCACCUCCAAAGCAGGUGAUGAAAAGCAAGAAUUGAGCCUAGUGGAAUACCCAGUUUUGUUAUUCAAGCUCUUCACUGUGAUUGGAGCACAAAACAAAUCCUGGGAUGGAUCGCUCUGUGGAAGUUGUGCCUGUGUGGGAGCUUGUAGAGGACGAACGGACCAAGACAAUCAGUUAAAGCCACGAAUGGAAGGUGUUUGUUAUUUAAUGGCCUUUGCUCGCUAUAGCAAUAAAUGACCCAAGUGCAAUGACUUGAUUUAAUAAACCUUUCUUUAAAAGUUGCUGCUAUGAGUAUUUUUAGCCAUAAGGAAGUUGCCCUGAUAUGUGUUAUGUACUGGGGUGGAGGGGGGAGAGGGUAAUGGUUUUGAAGACAUUCCACAGUACAAGUUCCUACGAGCUGUGUGCUUCACUGACUUUAUACCGGUGCUGUAAAAUGAUGCAUGCUAUCCAAACUCAGCAAAUAAAAGCAGUAUAAAAACCUGU